AUGCCAGGGGGGGCUCUUGUCGUGCCGCGUUCGGCUCAGCCGCCAGGCGCAGACUGGAAGGAUUCUUAUUUCAGUUUAGAUAUGCGUUACCAACAACUCCGGAAGCUGUUAAAUUCAAAAGAAGAGGAGCUUAAACUUCUAAAAGUAGCACAACGCAAGUCUAAGGCGUCAUUCGCUAAUAAAUCUAGUAAAUCUCUGAAUUCUUUGGGUCCUGAGAAUCCUGUGGGACUCAACACUUCUGUUCCGGAUAGACCUUCAAAGACAGGGACUAUUCGAAAUAAGGCAUCUGAAUCGCACGUUCAGGAAGGCGACGUGCUGGUGCCUUCUGGCAAUUAUCCAAAGGCGACCAGCACAACUUUUAUAGGUGAUUCGGUUCCCAUGUUAGGUCCUGCUUCUAAGUUGCCCGAUCCUGCAAUGAUUUGGGGUUCCGAGAAGAAUGCCAGUAACUAUGUCAUUGCCACUGCUCUUUACCAUGCCAACGAGGAGCUUCAGAGUAAGCUCAACGAGUCUUCCACUAUGAUUCAAUCUCUUCAACGUGAACUAUCUAGUUCCCGCUCGUUAUGCACAAAUUUCCAAGCCCGAAUCGAAGAUCUUGCACAGCAGAUCCAUCAACUUAUUCGCGAGCGUGAUUUGGCCUCCCAGAAGCUGGCCACAUCGCAGGAGAGCGUCACCAACCUUCAACGGACUCUGCAGAAUCACAUCGGGGAGGAGCAAAAACUUCGGUUUUCUCUCGAGAACCAGAUUGCUGACUUGCGGAGCCGGUUGAUUGUUGGAUCGGAUGCCAAUGAUCUGCUCAGCAAGGAUGUUCGAGCGCUUCUUUCCGACACGAAGACGAAGGACCAGCAAGUUAUGAGUCUGCAGUCGAAGUUGGCGCUUACCGAGUCCGCGCUUUCUUCACAGCGUAAUACGAAUGAGAACCUCUUGUUGGAAUUGAGGGGUCUGAAUCAACAGCUCGUUGGGGAGCGCAAGCGGCUCUUGGUCGCGGUCGGGGAGUUGGAGCUGGGACAGUUUCGAAAAGGCCAGAUCGAGACUCUAGAAGCUCAGCUGCGUCAGGUGAAAGAGGAGCGCUCGCGCAUCGAGCUCGAACAUGCCAAACUCUUAUCCGAAUACGCUCAUUCCACCGAGGAGGCCCUCCACAUUGCACGCCAGGAGGUGGAGGGGGAUUUGACGGACGCACGGCGUACCGCCCAGCAGUGGGAGAAUCUUUCACAGUUGCUCUACAAGGACGUGGCGGAGCGCACGCAGCACCACCAGCGAUGCCGCGCGGAGUGUGAGGAGGCCAAAACCCAACGCGAUAUGCGCAGUGUAGAAUUACGCCAAGCCAACGAGGCGCUCAAGCGAUGCCAGGCUAAGCUCGCCGUGGUAUGGCCCAAUCACGACGUAGACACGGAUAACCUAUCGGCCGAGGAGAUCCUUGAGACGUUUAAAUCGCGAGCCAUUUCUGCCUUCGUGCGACCCCACGACGAAGCAGGGGCGGCGACGCAAUUAACUACCCUUCUUACAGGGGCCGCACCCAAACCACCCACACCAAGUGCAUUGCGUUUGGAGAAGGAGUUGCCCAUUGACCCGACAACGACCGUGGAUCGUAUUCAUGAGCUAUAUGAGGCCAACGCCAUGCUUAUGGCUGAAGUCGAGCAGCUGCGUUUGGCCAACGAGAUGCAUUUGGCGCGCAUCGAGGCAAUUACCAGCCGACACGACAAAGAAAAGGAGCAUAUGGAUGAUGAGAAGAGGAAGAUAGAGACGUGUGAGGUGGCAGGCAGGGCAUUGCUGGCGCGGCAGUUGGAUCGUGUGCAGUUCCUCGAAUCUCAGGUCCGUUCUUUGCGUGGUUACCACAUCAGCCCCAACGCGACGAUCGAGAGCAUUCCUGCUUCAGAGACAGUGCUAGAGCUGUUCCUAGGCCAGUUGGUGGCGGCGGAGAUUCCCGAUGGGGUCACCGUGCCGGAGGACUUCUCUCAGGUCUUUUGUUCGGUUGAUUUUCUUCUGCACGAGACCGUCACCACCCCUACUGUGCAUGGUUUUAAUGGCUUCUUCGACACUACAGUAUCGUUCCGUAUUGCGAUGGAUGCGCUCUUGCUUUACUACUUGCAGACUCGCCAACUCCUGGUGCAGCUGCACCGCAUCCGUAGUGAUGAUGAGGUGUCAUCGAUGUUGGAUGCCCAUGAUACUGAAGCAUUGGAAGGUUUAGUCAGUAAAGGGCAUGACAUGGAUGAUCCCCGUGGUAGCACCAUUGCGCGUAGCGACGACGAUGGGUUAAAAAUGGUCGAGAGAUUGUUUGAGACGGUGGCGGAAGGAUAUACAGGCCUAGUAGAACUGGUCGCGCGCGAGGAGAGUUUGAACGCGGUAAGACCAACCUUGAAGGGUCAUAUUAAGUUGAUCCGUUCCGAUAACAAGCAUAUCGCAUCCGUUGAGUUCCUCUUGACGGCGCGCACACCCUUUUCAGAGGGGUUUAAGGAGCUUGUGAGGAUGACGCUCACCACCCCCGGAGGCUCACUGAGCCCACAACGCUCCGCAGUACCCAACAGAGAAUUCACUCCUUCGAGGGCGACCUCUCCGGCACUUCCGCACGCCACGGACUACCUCACGCGGCAGCCCGUUUUAAUCAUGGGAGACCCCUCUGGAUUCUCCCGAGACGCCGAGGCGAACAACCCCCCCCAGGCCCCACGACGAGGGGGUUUAAUGCAAUUGAUCCCCGCCAACGCGGAAACGAGUGCCACACUGGCCGGAUCCCUUCCAUCGUCCUACGAUUCGAGCGCCACCGCGGCGCGUUUCGGUACCUCUUCAACCGACCGCACUGAUCUCCCACGAGGCCGAUCCCCUCACAACCGACGGCGCGAGGAUGAAAGGAUCGAUUUACGCCCUCCCCAGUCCUCCCCCGGUACGGGGGUGAAGUCGGAUCCUUCUCGGGCUCGGUCCCGGAGCGUCCUUCCGGGCGUGGAGGAUCCCGGGGGCGACGUAGGGGGCUUUGCGCACAUCGCCAAGCACCUUCUGACCUCUUUGUCCUCGGCCGGCCCUGCCGCCCCGGGGCCCGAUCACAGGGUCCGCGCCCUGGCCAUCGAUGUGGUUCGGGUGGAGCUACCGACGGAUUUGCCCACCCCGAUCCCGCGGCUGUCCUGCUUCUUUGCGGUGCCUUGUCUAGGCCGGGAGGUCCGACUCCCCGCGCCGGCCUGUCCGCAGUACACUGUGGCCUACGCACUGCGGGAGGGCCAUCCCUACGGGGCGGUCUUCGCGGUGACGUCGUUGGCCCAACUCGCGCGUUUGGCGCGUGAGCCCUUGACCUUCGUCUUCCUCGACGAGGACGCCGGGGGGAAGGGUGGGGUUUGGGCCAUGGCCCUGGGCGAGUGCGGCGAGGCGCUGGGGCGGCCAGGGGUGGUGCGCGAUUAUGAACUGCCGCUCUGGCGGCCGGGCGGCGCCGCCGGCGAGGGCCCGCGGACGGCGCUGCGGGAUGCCAUCGUGCGCGUUAGAGUGACCGCCUUCGCCGCGGCAGCGACGGCUGGUGAGGGCGAUACGGGGCAAAGUCCGGUAGAGGUCAAGGGGCGUACCCCCCCCACCCCGGGUCUUCAACCUCCGUCGGCGUUGGCCACGGUCCGAAGCUUGCCAAUUUUUUCCACGGAACGUCAGCAGGUUUCGUCCUUUCCGAAUACCACGUUCAGUACCAACCGAGAGGGUGCCGGUGGUGACGUCGGCGUGGGCGUCCCGCCUUCGCUUGAAGAGGAAUUAAUGCGACUUGAAUACGAGAAGCACAUGAGUAAGCGCUAA